AUGCCAUUCUUUCGCUUUGAAAACACUCCCCCCUUCAAGUCCCGACAUGAUGUUGUUUUACCACAGACCACAUCGCUUUCCCAAACGAAGGUCGACAACAUCACCGCCAAGAACGUGAUCGACGCUGCCUACACGGGCGAUCAAGUGAUCCAAGACGUCGUCGACGAAGUGGCUGACUCCUUGGGAUUUGCCUCCGUCAGCUUUUGCCGCACGCUGGACCGGGAAACGAAUGUGUAG